CAUAAAGUGCACGUGGGAUGGGAUCAGAAUGCUGGCUUCUCGCAAGACUACGAUGCUGAACCAAUGGACGAAAGUAUUUUGACGUUGUUGCGAGCCGCCGGGCAGAAUCCGGAUCGAAUGACCAAAGAGGAUAUCGACUUUUCGUAUAAAUUCAUCACCGACUUUCAGCGCAAAUCCGCCGCACACCAACAUCAACUACCAUCGGUUCCGUCACCGAUGUCCGCAACAUUGGAGUAUCAGUCGAGCAAUAACACACCAAGAUCCUAUCAUCCAUCGCCGUCGAUGCAAAAUGCGAACGCACCGACACCUCCACCGCCACCUAUACGUCGGGAAGCAUCAUUGAGUUCAACGCCGACGUCAAGAUCUGGUCCACCGCAAAGACCACCACCCGUCCUAAAACAACCGCCAGCCAGACCACUCCCAACGCCACCCACAUCUGCAGCAGCAGCAUCCUAUCGUCCCAACGAUGUUCCACCGCCACCCCCUCCGCCACCGCCCACUGCUCAGUCACAACCCCAACCGCAACCCCAAUCAUCCAUACCUCCUCCUCCGCCACCCCCGCCUCCACCAGUCCCCUCGUCUGUUCCAUCGACUGGUCAGACGUCAGCCCCACCACCACCCCCACCUCCACCCCCUCCUCCACCUCCCCCUCCUAUGGCACUCGCGUCAGCAUCAUCAAACCUACCGCCACCAGCUAGUGGUGGUCGAGCCAAUUUAUUGAGCGAGAUACACGCUGGUAUAGCAUUGAAACCGGUGAAUGCACACACGCAUAAUGCUGAUCAUAGUGGCAGUACUGGUGGAGGGACACAUGAUGAUGUAUUGGCACAGAUACGACAGGGAACAAAUCUGAAGCCGGUACGGGAGUUUUUUUGA